AAAUAUAAAACUAUUGCUCUUCUCAAUCUUUUACAGAAUAAUAAUUUAAAGGGUAAAUAACCUAGGCCAAUCAAAAUGUCUCAGAAUCAAAUGGUUGGAAAAGCAGAGGAUAUUGCAGAUAAUGUUUUGAGGAAAACUAAGUUUAUUUUGCCUCAUCUUGGUCGUUUCUGCCUUGUUUCAACAUUUGUAGAGGAUGGCAUCAGGAUGUGGGUACAAUGGUCUGAGCAAAGAGACUAUAUUGCAAGUACUUGGAGCUGCGGAGCUUUCCUUGCUACGAUGUUUGUUUUAAUAAACAUGCUCGGACAGAUAGGAGCUUGUGUUGGAGUUUUAAUCAGAAAGCAGGUUCAGAUUAUGUGCGGAAUCUUAUUUUUCAUCAUCAGCCUGCAAACCAUCGCUUACAGUAUUCUGUGGGAUCUGAAGUUUCUUGCUAGAAAUCUUGCCCUGGUGGGAGCAGUUUUGUUACUGCUUGCAGAGAGUAAAGCAGAGUCGAGAUCGUUGUUUGCUGGCGUUCCUCAACUCGAUCGUAACACGCCGAAGUCGUACAUGCAACUCAGCGGACGUGUUCUACUUGUUCUCAUGUUCAUGACGUUACUGCACUUUACUUUCAACCCAGUCGAUAUCUUCCUUGACAUCGGAGGAGGCGUUUGUAUUCUGUGCAUUCUGAUUGGAUUCCAUGCUCGUAAGGCGGCAAUGGCGUUCGCGAUCACGCUCAUGACUUUCAAUAUCGUUCACAACAAUUUCUGGAUUCACAGCGGCAUCAUGAACGAUUUCCUCAAAUUCGACUUCUUCCAGACUACUUCGGUUGUUGGCGGCUUGGUCAUGGUGGCGUCAGAAGGUCCUGGCGGUUUCAGUUACGAAGAAUACAAGAAAACUCAGUGAUGGAUCUGAUUGGUUAAACCAGUGAUGACGGAAUAAUGAAAUAUUAUUUAAACGACAAACUGAUAAAAUAUAUUGCACAAUAGUUUAUAGGUUCAGCAAUUUCAACUUUAUCAUCGGCAUUUUAGACAAUUUAAUAUUGAAGCAUUAUACAGGGUGUCCGAAAAAUUUCUUUCGAUUUCAUAGUUAUAACAAUUAUAAGUUUAAAUAGAUUUUAUUAUGUGAUAAAUAAGAACUACAAGCACAAUAAGAAUUAGAAAUUUUGAUCGUUAUUACUAUGAAAACGGGCGAAAUUUUUGGACACCUUUUAUUAUCGGAAAUCCUCACUAAUAGUAAAAUACUACCUUCUCAUAUCACAGAUUAAUAAAAAGAUUUUCAGCUCAUGUA